CGAGCAAUCACUUUCGAUCGUUCAGAAUAUUUUUAUACACGAUGUGUGAAACAAAUAUAACCAUAGAGUUUAGUGGGGGCGCUGAGCUGCUUUUUGGAAAGACAAAGAAACACAAUGUUGCCCUCCCAGAAUCCUCAGAACAAUGGACGAUAAAAUCUUUAUUGGUUUGGAUACGGGAUAAUAUGUUAAAAGAACGUCCAGAGCUCUUCAUGCAAGGAGAUACAGUACGGCCAGGAAUUCUGGUUCUAAUAAAUGAUGCAGACUGGGAGUUGAUGGGUGAAUUGGAAUACGCAGUUCAAAAUAGCGAUAGGAUAGUGUUUAUAUCAACCCUACAUGGAGGAUAGCACUAAGAGAAUGGAAGGGAACAAUAUUUUAAAUUAUAUGUACUAUGCUACAAAAACGAUAUAAGCAGUGACAGGGUGUGACAUAAGUGCCCCUCAGAGCCAGUAACUUCUGAUCAGGACCAGCUUUUUUACUAAAAGUUUACCAGGAGGUAAAUGACAUAGCAACUGGCUUGAAAUUCAUUUUCACCUGUAGGCCUACAUCUUCUACAAUGACACUCCCUGGACAAAGGUGCUAAAACUGGGCAUUUGUGGGAAACAUCUCAAUUGUUUCUGAACUGUUAGUCACAUCUUUAAUCUUUAUCAUACUGA